AAUUUUCGUCGACGUUUUCUCUCAACAUCUGAGACUCUUCCUCCAUUCGGUCUCGUUCCUGGGGGGUUAUGGGCAGCGGUCCGUGAGCCGGAGCUUCGUGUGGUCGAAUUCGCGGAAAUAAUGAUGAAGAAGGAUAUCAACCUGAGUCUGUCGGAGGAGGCGGAGCUGAAAGCCGACAGCAUCCUGAGCUCUCCGGACCUGGGUCUGCUCAAACUGGCCUCCCCCGAGUUGGAGCGGCUCAUCAUCCAGUCCAACGGCAUGGUGACCACCACGCCGACCAGCUCCCAGUUCCUCUACCCCAAGACGGUGACGGACGAGCAGGAGUUCGCGGAGGGCUUCGUGAAGGCGCUGGAGGACUUACACAAGCAGAACCAGCUGAACGGAACCUCUCCGCCGGCGGCCGCCUGCCUGGACCUGGACGCCAACAUCGCCCCGGUGACCGUGCAGCCCGACCUGCCGGUCUACACCAACCUGAACAGCUACGGCAGCGGACCUCUGGGAACCACCGUCAACUACUCCACGGACACCGUCCCCUUCCCGCCUCCGCCGCAGCACUUAGGCGGAGCUGCGGCCUCUCCGCCGCCGCUGAAGGAGGAGCCGCAGACCGUUCCCGACGUGCAGAGCUUCGGGGACAGUCCCCCGCUGUCCCCGGCCGACACGGACACGCAGGAGCGGAUCAAAGCCGAGAGGAAGCGGCUGAGGAACCGGAUCGCCGCCUCCAAGUGCCGGAGGAGGAAGCUGGAGCGGAUCUCCAGGCUGGAGGACAAAGUGAAAACGUUGAAGAGCCAGAACAGCGAGCUGGCCUCCACAGCCAGCCUGCUGAGGGAGCAGGUGAGCCAGCUGAAGGAGAAGGUCCUCACGCACGUCAACAGCGGCUGUCAGCUGCUGCCGCACGAGGUGCAGGUCCACUAGAGGACCGAGCCGG